AUGACACAAAGCCGAAUCACUUGUUGCGAGGACAGUCUUGAUAGUGAGUUAGAGGCAGAACUCUAUCAAAGUGUUCAUUUUGCAUCAUCUCUGGUAGAAACCCCAACCAAUGAUAGCAAAGAAGAAAAAGUUAUUAAUAAACCAAAUGAAUCCACAAGUUUGGAAUCACAGAUAGAACAAUGCAAUUUUGAUAGUCCUGAUAGACAAUCCGAAUUUGAAGAAAGAAAGCAAUUGGAUCAAGUAGAUGGUCCUCAUAAUGGACAACAGGCAAAAGAUACAUCCAAAAACCUUUAUCCAGAAGUUGAGCUGGUGUUUGCGAAAGAUGAACAGAAAAAUAAGUUAUGCAAUGUGAAGGGUAAAACUGGAGUGUUGUUUGAAGAAGCAAAAACUGAUGGUGGUGAAUCAGACAAUGGUGGUUUAUCUGACGGCAAUGGAUGGGGGAUAGUAGCUGCUGAUAUGAUUCAGCCUGUCAAGAAGGUGAAACGACUCAAUGUCCGUUGUUUUAAUUGCAAUGAAAAGGGACAUCGGACUUUAGAAUGUACAGCACAAAAGAAAGAGAAGGUCUGUUGGCUGUGCGGUGAGAUCGGCCACCUUCGAAAAUAUUGCAAAAACGACUUGUGUUUCAAUUGCAAUCGAACCGGCCAUCAAAUAAAGAAAUGUCCACAGCCUCGACGAGCUCCUCAUCACAGAUGUAGAAGAUGUCGUGCACACGGACAUUUUGAAAGUUUUUGCCCGGAUCGGUGGAGACAAUAUCAUCAUACAAUCAAUCAGGGUGAAAUGGUGCAGGCAAUACAGCCCGAGUCAAUUGAAAGACAAGACUUUUUCUGUUAUAAUUGUGGUGAAAAGGGCCAUCUCGGACAUGAGUGUUUGGAAGAGAUGCCAUUUUUUUCCUACCGUACAUUUCCUUUCGUCGUGAAAUAUGACAGGUUUACCAGCAAAUUUUCGCAAGUGGACGGAAACAAUAAAACCGACGGCAACACGAACUUGACUUCGGAACCGGGCGGCAAAAAAUCGAAGAAGAAAAAGAGGAAAAGGAAACGUGCAGCUGAGGAAGAGGCCUUUUGGGAAGAGAAAAAGGCGGGACUGAAACGAAAAAAGUUGGGGGAUAGUUCGGACACUAAGGAUCUGUCGGGGAAUCCCCGGGUUAAUUGGAGACUGUCGAGGGAGAAUCGUUGCGAUCAACUAGAGACAUUCACAGAUUUCAAUCACGUAACGUCAAACCUACCACUGCAGCCGUUGAUGGACAUCGGCGAAGUUUCCCGCGGUAAAAAGAAGAAACGGAGGAAGACAAACGCUCAUGAGCAUUUGGCGGAGGAAGGCCCCGUAAAGAAGAAAAAAGCCAAACCAAACCGAGAUAAAAGGAAAAGACUGAAAAAAAUGAAACUCCAACAGAAAUUUGGAAACAAAAUUAAUCUGGAGUCACCAACAUUCAACUCAAUCUCUGCAUCUCAUUCUACGAGAAGCGCCGCCUCGAUGGAUGGGACCCCAACUACGAUGAAUACCUCUACGAGGAAUGCCACCCCAAUCUCUAGGAGGAGGUAUGCUACGAGAAGUGCCACCUCAAUCUCUGAGACGCACCAUACGAAGAGUCCCACCUCUGCGACGAACCCUGCGAAUAGUGUCACCCUAAUGCCUGUCACGAACGCUACGAAGAAUGCCACAUCAAAUUCGUCGACGCUGUCCACGGCGAAUGCCGGCACUGAAGAGAAUAUAGUCUUUCAACUUGGAAAGGAGAAGAGACUUCUUGUCAUACAAGAGGCGGAUAAAAAACCUUGGAGGCGGAAGCACAAAAGUGCUGGGAACAAACGGAAGGUUUAUUAUAAAUAUGAUGGAUUUUUGUAGAAUAAUUAAUUUUAGUAAUUCUGCAUCAAAUCGAAUCCCCGGUUUGGGGAAGAACCUCGCCUCUCUAAUAAACUCCCUCACCAACCAUAGUUAAUGGACCAACUUCUUACUGUGCAUCUAAUCCUUCAACUACCUUGACUGCAGCUGAUAGCUAUUUCCUGAUUAGAAGACUUGGUUUUCGGAAGAAGAGGCAAAAACGUACGAUUUAUGCACGUAAAAUGCAACUUCAGUCUUUCGUCCCCUACUUGAAUUCAACCUACACAUUUAUCAUUAAGCCUGCGAUUAGAAAAUUUAGGCCGAAAAAUACGUGAUAACAUGAUGAUAUCGAUAAUAAUACAAAUAAUUACCUUUUUUUACCUAAUUUAUUCAUUGUAAACAUUACCCUUGGAGGUGUGGUUAUUAUUCAACUCUCAACCAAUCAUCGUUCACUUCUUUAUCGUCGCUACUUAAGUCACGUGUGC